AUGGACGCCGGACAGAACAAUUCGGCCAGCGGAACUGCAAGGGACAUUGCUACCAGAGCACGGGCUGCAUCGCAGAAAUUCAUUGCCCUGCCCACGAGGGUUCGCGAUGCCAUCCUUCACGCUAUUGCUGAUGCGCUGCUUGCAAAUGAGGAGCUCAUCAAAACGGAAAACGAAAAAGAUGUUAAAGAGGCAAAAGGAAAGAUAUCGGAUGCUCUGAUGCAGCGCCUGAAGUUGAAGCCAAAUAAAAUGAAGACGCUACAUGAUGGUAUACAUUCCAUAGCGAAUCAGGAGGAGCCCAUUGGCAGUGUGAUUGAACGAAUGGAAGUGGCAAAAGACCUUGUUCUGGAGAAGGUCAAAGCACCAAUAGGAGUUUUGAUGAUCAUUUUUGAGGCCCGGCCAGAUUCUUUGCCGCAAAUCGCAGCUCUGUCAAUCAGGAGCGGAAAUGGUCUCUUGUUGAAGGGUGGCAAGGAGGCAAUGAACAGCAACCGCAUUUUGCACAAGAUCAUUUGUGACGUGAUCGAGGCUGGGGCUCCCAGUGUUGGGCGUGACCUGAUUGCCUUGGUAGAAUCAAGAGAUGAGAUUGGUGAUCUCCUCAAGCUGGAUGGUGCUAUCGACUUGGUUAUCCCAAGGGGCUCGGGCCAGCUGGUUUCGUACAUACAGAAGAACACAAAGAUUCCUGUGCUGGGCCAUGCCGAUGGGAUUUGUCAUGUGUAUGUGGACGAGGACGCUGAUUUCGACAUGGCUCUGAAGAUAUGCGUCGAUGCGAAGAUUGACUAUCCUGCAGCGUGCAAUGCUGUGGAAAAGAUAAUUGUCCACUCUUCCUGGAGUGGACACAAUGGGGUUGACAGACUACUAGACGCAAUGAAGAGCGAAGGCGUCGUAGUGCAUGGUGGCCUCAAGGCCAGCGAUGCCCUGAAGCUGCCCCGAGCCCCCAGUGACAGGCACGAGUACAGUGACAAGGCGGUCACUCUUGAGGUGGUCUCCUCUGUGGACGAGGCGAUCGAGCACAUCAACAAGUUCGGGUCGCACCAUACGGAUGCCAUCGUGACCCAGAACGAGCAGACGGCCGAGGACUUUCUGCAGCGAGUGGACAGCGCCUGCGUGUUCCACAACACAUCCACUCGGUUCUCCGACGGUUUCCGAUUUGGUCUGGGGUCCGAGGUGGGAAUCAGCACCGGCAGGAUCCAUGCGAGGGGGCCCGUGGGGGUGGAGGGCUUGCUGUCCGACAAGUGGCUGUUGAGGGGCACUGGGCAGGUCGUCGACAAGGACAGGAACAUACAGUACACUCACAAGCGGCUGUCCGUGACUCCCGGAGCCACCAGCCUGGCGGUGUGUGGCUUUGGGCUGGGGGUUGCAGCUGGGGUCUGCAUUGCGGCCCUUUGUGGUUUGCUGAAGGGCCUGGGGCGCAGAUCGUGA